UAUAUCGAUAAGGCAGCCCCCCCCCCUACCUCUCUGAUUCAGAGGGGUUGGGUUAAAUGAGGAAGACACAUUUCAGUUGAAUACUGUAAUGAAACAGGCAGGGAGCAGGUCUCGAACCCUCGACCUUCUGGGUCCCGAGGUCCGGCGCGCUAUCGACUGUGCCGCAAAAGCACGCUCCUGCGAGUCGAUAUCAGCGCGUAUAAACCCAGGGUCGUUACAAUACAUUCAGUCGGACAACUGUCUCAACCUUUAUUUUACAUGUGUAAAUCAUACGGUACAUGCUUGUAUAAUUAACUAAUGAUUCUACAUCUAUAGAGGCAGAGAGCCAGACGGGGAGGAGAGGCAGACGGGGCGGAGAAGUGGGGGGAUGUUCAUCUGUCUGCCCUUUAUCUAAAGCCCUUCACAGAAGGAGAGACUGUCAUUCAACGAUUAGUGCCUUGAGCUAUCCAACCAACAACAUUUCAAGCCUGCUAUCUUUCAACAAAUAACGUUUAUUUUGAUUUGUAGUUAAUUUCAGGAGGACCAUAAUGAACGUUUUAUAGCCGAAUAUUGAAAAACGAGUGGAUUUUUACUGACCUCAAUCUCAAGAUGUCUAUACUGCCAUUCACUUUCCCGAUUGUGAAGAGGCUUUUAGGCUGGAAAAAGGGCGAACAGAUAAAUGGACAAGAGGAGAAAUGGUGUGAAAAGGCAGUGAAAAGUCUCGUAAAGAAAUUGAAGAAGACAGGACAGCUGGACGAGUUGGAGAAAGCCAUCACGACCCAGAAUAUCAACACCAAAUGCAUUACCAUACCAAGGUCUCUAGAUGGUCGUCUCCAGGUGUCCCAUCGCAAAGGCCUUCCCCAUGUCAUUUACUCUCGUCUGUGGCGUUGGCCAGACUUGCAGUCGCCCCACGAGCUCCGGGCCAUAGAGCUGUGUGAGUACGCCUUCCACACCAAGAAGGACGAGGUGUGUGUCAACCCCUACCAUUACCAACGCGUCGAGACACCAAUCCUCCCUCCUGUCCUGGUUCCUAGACAUACAGAAAUCCCUACAGAGUGUCCUAUUUUAGACGACUACAGCCAUUCUAUCCCUGAGAACACCAUCUUCCCCGCCGGCAUCGAGCCACAGAGCAACUACAUCCCAGAGACCCCUCCUCCUGGGUAUCUGAGUGAGGAUGGAGAGGCUAGCGACCACCAUCUUAACAACCUGAUGAACACAGGCUCACCCAGUAACCUGUCACCAGAAUCAGCCUCACCAACACACAGCACUAACCUGGACCUACAGCCGGUAACGUACUGUGAGUCAGCGUUCUGGUGCUCUAUGUCCUAUUAUGAGUUGAACCAGCGUGUGGGCGAGACCUUCCAUGCCUCCCAGCCCUCUCUCACUGUCGACGGGUUUACAGACCCCUCCAACUCAGAACGCUUCUGUCUGGGACUACUGUCCAACGUCAACCGCAACGCUGCUGUGGAGCUCACACGCAGACACAUAGGCCGGGGUGUGAGGUUGUACUACAUCGGAGGAGAGGUGUUUGCAGAGUGUCUUAGUGACAGUGCCAUCUUUGUCCAGAGUCCCAACUGUAAUCAACGCUAUGGCUGGCACCCUGCCACUGUCUGCAAGGUCCCUCCAGGCUGUAACCUGAAGAUAUUCAAUAACCAGGAGUUUGCAGCUCUGCUGGCCCAGUCGGUGAACCAGGGCUUUGAGGCCGUCUACCAGCUCACCAGGAUGUGUACCAUACGCAUGAGCUUUGUGAAGGGCUGGGGCACCGAGUACCGGCGACAGACCGUAACCAGCACCCCUUGUUGGAUUGAGCUGCACCUCAAUGGCCCCCUCCAGUGGCUGGAUAAAGUACUGACACAGAUGGGCUCCCCCAGCAUCCGCUGUUCUAGUGUCUCCUAAAUACACGCGCACAGGUGCGCAGACAGAACAGUCAUUCUGGAAAAGUACCUUUUCUCUCAUGGCUAACUAGCAACUUGGAUGCAGUGAGCAGUGUUGGGAGUGAAAUCAUCUCAAGCUAAUGGGGUGAUACACAAAGCAACUCAAACAGCAUUGAAAAUGCAUAAAUUAUGUCCAACAACAAAAAUUCAUACAUCCACCAUUUGGCAUGUCCCUUGUGAUGCAGUUCACAGCAGCACUGACGGAUGUGUUGACAUGACAACUGCAUCUGAGUUUUACCCUCCUUUUGUUCCAUGCUGGCUGAAAACCUAGCUAGCCAGUCACUAGCUAACACCAGACAUAAAGACCUAGCUAGCCAGUCACUAGCUAACACCAGACACAGAUGAAGACCUAGCUAGCCAGUCACUAGCUAACACCAGACAUAAAGACCUAGCUAGCCAGUCACUAGCUAACACCAUACAUAAAGACCUAGCUAGCCAGUCACUAGCUAACACCAGACAUAAAGACCUAGCUAGCCAGUCACUAGCUAACACCAGACACAGAUGAAGACCUAGCUAGCCAGUCACUAGCUAACACCAGACAUAAAGACCUAGCUAGCCAGUCACUAGCUAACACCAGACAUAAAGACCUAGCUAGCAAGUCACUAGCUAACACCAGACAUAAAGACCUAGCUAGCCAGUCACUAGCUAACACCAGGCAUAAAGACCUAGCUAGCCAGUCACUAGCUAACACCAGACAUAAAGACCUAGCUAGCAAGUCACUAGCUAACACCAGACACAGAUGAAGACCUAGCUAGCCAGUCACUAGCUAACACCAGACAUAAAGACCUAGCUAGCCAGUCACUAGCUAACACCAGACAUAAAGACCUAGCUAGCAAGUCACUAGCUAACACCAGACAUAAAGACCUAGCUAGCCAGUCACUAGCUAACACCAGACAUAAAGACCCAGCUAGCCAGUCACUAGCUAACACCAGGCAUAAAGACCUAGCUAGCCAGUCACUAGCUAACACCAGACAUAAAGACCUAGCUAGCCAGUCACUAGCUAACACCAGACAAAGACCUAGCUAGCCAGUCACUAGCUAACACCAGACAUAAAGACCUAGCUAGCAAGUCACUAGCUAACACCAGACAUAAAGACCUAGCUAGCCAGUCACUAGCUAACACCAGACAUAAAGACCUAGCUAGCCAGUCACUAGCUAACACCAGACAUAAAGACCUAGCUAGCCAGUCACUAGCUAACACCAGACAUAAAGACCUAGCUAGCAAGUCACUAGCUAACAUCAGACAUAAAGACCUAGUUAGCCAGUCACUAGCUAACACCAGACAUAAAGACCUAGUUAGCCAGUCACUAGCUAACACCAGACAUAAAGACCUAGUUAGCCAGUCACUAGCUAACACCAGACAUAAAGACCUAGUUAGCCAGUCACUAGCUAACAACAGACACAGAUGAAAGGGGAAAGUAUAUAUAUAUAUAUAAGUAUAUUUGCCAUAAAUUAAUAGGUUAAACAUUGUAUUAUAUAUGGCUGACAUCCUACAGUCAAAUUGUGGCACCAGUAGAGUAGCUAUCUAGUUAUAUAAACCACACCCCUCUGCAAACACAUCUUCUCCGAUGUGGUUGUUAUUUAAAUUAGUUACGAGAAUAUCACGUGACCAUUGGUGUAUUAAAAUGAGAGUUAAGGUGAUGUCACCUUAAUAAUGAAUCCAAGUGUUUGACACGGGGGACCAGUGACUUUAGGAUCAAACGUCAUCCGUGUAGAAACAACAGUUACUUUUCAUACUUUGGUCAUUUCAUCCAAAAUAUCAUCACAUUUCAUGAAGAACAUGAAUAUUUCAUGAAUAUUUCUCUCAAAUCUGUGAUAUAAAAAAAUAUAUAUAUAUAUGUGUCUGGAGAUUUGGUUUACUCCGUUAGAUUUGUCUAAGAAUUCUAAAUGAGUCAAGAAUGAGCAGGGACAGCUAUAUAGGGCACAAGGCCAGAUGGUAUUUGUGGUUUAUUUACCUUUUUAAUUGUAUUUCUAUUUUUUGAACUGUUCUUCUCAACAGUAGCAUUUAGUGUAUCAUAUUGAUUUGAUCGUUUAACUGUUGUACUUUGGCAUCGUUGUGGUAUUUGCUCAACAUCUAUAGCAUGUUGGUGUUUUAGUUUAUGAACUCAUAAUCAUGCCUCUACAUUAGUGUGUUCAUUAUUUGGUGAAUUCUAGUCAUUGUUCAGAGGGUUGAGUGGAGAGGACAAUGGAGGACAGUUCUGGACAAUGGAGGACAGUGCUGGACGGAGGAGGACGGUGAUGGAUGGAGGAGGACAGUGAUGGACGUUGAAGGACGGUGCUGGACCAAGAGGCAUUUGGUUUAACUCAGAGAUGUAAUAAUGAAUCAGUUUCAACGGAGCAUGUUGUCCUGCUCAUCGCUGUCAGACACAAUGCUCUGUGUAUAAUACGCCUGCUGUCUAUUUCAAGGAACCAACGAAGCACUUUGUCCUCCAGGCUUGUUAACCGUAAUGCAUUGCAGGAUUUGGGUCAAUUCUAUUUGCUGUCAGCCAACUCAGGAAGUAAAUUGUAAAUCCAAUUCAAUAAUUGAAAAAAAGGCAUUUUAAUCUGUCUAUUUUCAUCUGA